UGUGUGUGCAUUAACUAGUGUGUCUGCAUGUGUGUAGGGUGUAUAGUACACGCCUAAAUGUCCUUACCGCUGACUAUAUCACCUUUAUCCUUUUCAUUACGCACGACAAUGCAUCCAGAUUGCUUGCAGUUGCAGCAGCACAGUGUACCCAGUCCGCGCUUAAGUUCCUCUAACGCCGACGCUAAUGAAAAGCUAACGGCAAGUGACGUUUGUAUGCUUAAAAUGUCGGAAGUAGGGAAUAUGGAUGAGGACGAGGUGUUGAAAACAACUAAUGUGGUGCCGGGUGAUACUGUGACGGUACCGAGUAUGCUUUGCGAUGAAGCGGAGGAAGAUGUCGAUGCCGACGCUGUCAGUUUGUGUAGUGAUGAUAGUGAAUUGUCUGUGGGACAGGAGAACACGGCUCAGCGUCAUAUAACACAACGCACACAACGUCUAUUGGCUUUGUGUCGACCUGUGGCAUUAAGCAGUGGUAGCACUAACACCAACAGCAUUAUGGAUACUAGCGAUGUUCGCUCGAAUGCAUCCACCGAUGAAACCACUACACAAUUGGAAGAUGAUGAUUUACAUACACCAACAACUAGCGUUAUUGAUCCCUUUGUAGUAGCGAAUGCACUACGUAUCCCAGUCCCAAUACUGCCAAAUGCAAAUGUCACACCAUUCCACGAAGAGUUUAUGCGGAAGUCACAUCUUUACGCCGAGGAACUAAUGAAGCAACAAAUGCAGCUGGUGGCGGCAGCACGCGCUAGUAGCGCUUUUACACUGCGACAAAGCGUCUAUCAGAAUCUUGCGACCGCCGAGCUAAACAAUGAGCAAAGCAAGACAGUGUUAAGGCAACAUGAUAAGCCACCGGACAUCGCUAGCUUGGCCGGCAUACAUUCGCAUUUAUCUGCCAUUUCACAAAUGUCACAAUUAAGUGCGGCCGCCACAGUAGCAGCGGCGGCAGCUGCGGCGGUAGCUAAUAACAAUAACAAAACAGUGCCAAAAAAUAUGUGUGCUGCCAAUGAUGCACUCGCUAAGUUAACUGCUUUAGGUGUUCAACAACAACAACAACAACACAAGCCUUUAACAACUGGCCUCAAUCAGUUACAGGCGAAAAUGCAAGCGCAUCUACCAUUUAUGCGUGGCAACAACAACACCAAUAACAACAACAAUGAUCAUUUACACGAAUCAACGCUGAAAUUUAGCAUAGAUAAUAUACUUAAAGCCGAUUUCGGCCGUCCCCUCACCGAACCCUUCAUACAAAGCAUUAAUUCGGCGCGUUCGCUAAAGUCCGCUAAUAACUCGAACCGCAGCAAGAAGUUUACGGCAAAUUCAAGCGCAGCUAUGGAUUUGUCGAAUCUAAUGUCAAGUGCAGCCGCCACUGCUAAUGCAGCGACGCUUAAUUUUAGCACGUCACUGGCUAACAUAUGCACGAACAGCAACGAUUCGAGCAGCACUGCUAUUAGCAGCGAUCGUGUCAAAUCGCCGAUUUCGACGCAAACCAAUUGCAGUAUUUCACCCGCACCCGCACAACAGAACAACAACAACACCGAGCAGACGAAAACGCAAGAACAACAUAACAACGAUAAUAGUGGGAACAGUUCCAGUGGCAGCAGCAGCGGUAGCGGUGCUAAUGGCAGUGGUCCCAUUGUUUGGCCUGCGUGGGUUUACUGCACUCGUUACAGUGAUCGUCCAAGUUCAGGAAGAAGUCCACGUACGCGUAAACCUAAGAAACCUGCAAGUGAAAAAGGUUCAUCGCCGACACAAACUGAAGAUAAACGACCACGUACCGCAUUUAGUGGAUCGCAAUUGGCGCGACUAAAGCACGAAUUUAAUGAGAAUCGUUACCUGACAGAGAAACGUCGCCAGCAGCUCAGCUCAGAACUUGGCUUGAACGAAGCACAAAUCAAAAUUUGGUUUCAGAAUAAACGUGCCAAAUUAAAAAAGUCCAGUGGCACAAAAAAUCCACUUGCACUUCAACUAAUGGCUCAGGGUCUCUAUAAUCAUUCAACUGUACCAUUGACGAGGGAAGAAGAAGAAUUGCAGGAACUACAAGAACGUGAAAAUGCGCUAAGUAACUCUUCGGUCGGUACUACGGUUUCCACGUAGUACUUUCACCGGUAGGAAGUAAAACAUUUUCAUCUUUACAGUGAAAGUAUUAUUUUGAAAUGAAAAUCGUAUACAAUAGGAUUAGAGGAAGGAAAGAGAGGAAGAAGAAAAACAA